CAAAAUAAAAUUUGUAAACACAUGCAUAAUAACAAGUAAAUAUCUGGCAGUUACUAUAGUGUUUUAUAAUUAAUUGGCGUAAAAGAUUUGCAAUAAUUAUGCAUAAAGUGAUGUUUACAAUCAGGAAGAGAAUUUACCUUUGUUUACAAGUAGCACAGGUGCAUCAAAAAUUGGUUGAUUGUCUUUGAUUUAGGCUGUAGAAGAUCACAUGAAUUUAUUUAAAUAAAAUCACAUAAAUCACUGUGCCAUCUUCAUUGAUGCAACUUUAAAUAUUUUCAAUUUAAAAGAACAUCAGAGUACAAGGUUAGCAGGGUUAGGUGGUUUGACAUUUGUAAACCGUGGAACUCGAACCAUCGUGGAACUCGCAAGCUUAAAAGUGGGACGGAACUGGGACUUACGAGACGAACCCGUGGAACCCACAGAGCGUGACAUUAUUCUAUGCUCUGUGAAUCUUUUGUUUUUGUGUGCCAUGACUCCUGUCUAUAGUGUCUUCGGUGUCUUCUGAGCUUAGCAGCGAUGCCACUUACUGUCUGUGAAUAGAAAUACCGGUGGAUGAUGAUAUAUACUUACGUGGUAUAAUAAUACCUAUGUUUUGUGUCGGCUUCAAUGAAAACUACGAGUAGAUUUGAGAAUCCAAGCUUCAAGACCACAAGGAUCGAACAGUAUAAGUAGUUAUUUUAGAACCGUAUACUAUCAUAGAAGCGUAAACGGUACAAACAUAAGAGGGGUUGAUAUUGCCAUCUUAAAUUUGAUGUAAUUCAAGGCAAGAACCCCAGGGAUUCACAGAAUAAGAAACAUACGAAUGCAACCUUGCUUUUUUGCAUCGUUUGCUGUUUAUGUUUACGUUGUGGUAUCAUUUCCGAUUUUUAUAUACGACAGAUAAUUUGCUUAUUUAUCUUUUCUGUAAUCCAACAUGAUGUUAAGAAUAAUUAUUACUUUGAUUGCUACAUCCCUAUGCUCUUGUGAUUCAAAUAUUGAUCACAUAACGGAGAUCUUUGAAUCGUCAGGUUGUAUAGAAGCUUCUCUAGCAUCCAUUGAACAGAAUGUUGAACUGGGAGGUUUUAAGAAAGAAGAUAAUAUUUACAGAUUUGUGGAUUCCAGUAUAACAGAUUUGAAAAAGCAUAAGAAUCAGACCAGUGCAUCUGUUUUGUCACAAUUACAUGAACUAGCUGCUUAUAAUGAUUUACAAUAUCAAUAUGUAUUGGAUAAGGAAGAGGGACCAGCACAUGCAAAACUAUUCACAGUAACCCUGACAGUAGGUGAGGAAAAGUAUACAGGUCAGGGAACCAAUCUAAAAAAGGCUCAGCAAAGUGCUGCAUCACAGGCAAUAACUGAAACUGCAUAUGCUAAGCCCCCACUGAAAGAAGGACCACCACCAGAUAGCAGUUUAACUCCAGUAGCUUUACUGAAUGAUUUAAGUACAAAACUUGGCAUUCCAAUAAAGUUCAGCCUUAUGAAUGAUGAUCAGGAGCCUGCUGCAAAAAAAGCCAGAGGCAAAAAGACAUAUUUCAAGAAGCUGAAUGAUUCUAUUCUUGAUGAUGAAGAGCUCCAUAUAAGGAAAGACCUACCUGAAACUAGUGGUCCAUUCCAUGUGAAAUUAGAAGUUGGGCAAGAUAAUGUUUUCUAUGCAGUUGCUCAAAGUAUAAAAGUGGCAAAACAUGAGGCAGCAAUCAGUGCUUUGGAAUUUUUUAUUGAGAAUAAGGAUAAAAUGGAUUUACAUUGUCUCAAAGAAGGAUCUGAAGAGCAAUGUAGGCAAAACAGGCAAAAACUAAAGUCACCAAUUUCUAUAAUAUAUGAGGCUGGACAAGCAAGAAAAAUUGGUGUUGAGUUUAAUAUAAUUAGUGAAACUGGGAAGAAUCACAGAAAAACUUUUGUAACUGAAUGCAUUUUUGGAGAUAGCAGAGCUAUUGGUGAAGGGUCGUCAAAAAAGGAAUCCAAAAAGGCAGCUGCAGAAAAUAUGCUAGAAAUUAUCAAGACUUUAGACCCACUACCAUUAGGAACCCAACUAAAAAGUUUAACUGCAGAACCAAAGAAAAAGAAGAAAGGCAGGAAAAAUAAAGUUAUCAAAACUAAUUUUGAGAAAAUUAGGAAUGAAGCAGAACAGCUCUUUGAUAGCUUCAUAUCUAAUUUUGGAAAAAACAGGGAUGUUGAAGAUACUAAGACUGGAAACCAAAACAGAAAUGACCAUAAAAAAGAAACAAGGCAUAAACCAAAGCCGGGCAGUUCGUAUCAGACGAAAAUGUUAAAAUUGAGCAACUUUUUGAACACAGAAAUACAGUUUAUGGACUUGAAAGAUGGAAAAUAUUCUUUACUGGCAAUACAUUUAGAUCCCGAAUAUCUUUGUUUGGGCCACGAGCAAAAUGAUAUGUCAGCUAAAGAAAACGCAGCUUUACAUGGUCUACAGUUGUUGAAAAAAAUGGGGAUGAUGGAACAUUUUGAAGGAGAAACUGAUCUGACAUUUGAAAGAGAAAUCAAGAAUCAAGUUGAUGAUAUCAUGAAAACCAAUAUUGAAGAGGACAGCUAGUAUUAGGAACUUUUUUAUAAAUAUAACGCUUCAUUUGUUUUGUAAAUAUUAUUCUAUAAAGUUCAGGUUCUUUUAUUUAACCAACCAAUUCCUCAGAUGGGUAGUUUGCCGUCGAUCGAGGUGGUACUCGACGGUGGGACCAUAACAAUUGACAGAUAAUGUAAACGGAAACACUUCCAUAUUCUGAAUUAAUAUGGUCUUAGAACAUGAUAACUAUAUAGUCUGGCCUGAAAACUAUCCUGUGAUUCUAUUGAAUAUUGAAGAGGACAGCUAGUAUUAGGAACUUUUUUAUAAAUAUAACGCUUCAUUUGUUUUGUAAAUAUUAUUUUAUAAAGUUCAGGUUCUUUUAUUUUACCAACCAAUUCCUCAUAUGGGUAGUUUGCCGUCGAUCGAGGUGGUACUCGACGGUGGGACCCGUAACAAUUGACAGAUAAUGUAAACGGAAACACUUUCAUAUUCAGAAUUAAUAUGUUCUUAGAACAUGAUAACUAUAUAGUCUGGCCUGCAAAUUAU